CUAUGUAGUAGUAGUAGUAGUAGUAGUAGUAGUAGUCUACCUAACCUGAGUAGUAGUAGUAGUAGUAGUAGUAGUAGUAGUAGUAGUUGUAGUAGUAGUCUACCUUGCCUGUAUAGUGGCACUUCACCCCUGGCAGGUCGCCCAGCCAGGACAGCAUCUCCUCCCAGCCAGGACAUCACGUCUCUCCUGGCAGGUCACCAGCCAGGACAGCAUCUCCCCCCAGCCAGGACAUCACCUCUCCCCAGCCAGGACAGCAUCUCCCCAAGCCAGGACAGCAUCUCCCCCAGCCAGGACAGCAUCUCCCCCCAGCCAGGACAGCAUCUCUCCCCAGCCAGGACCGCAUCUCCCCCCAGCCAGGACAGCAUCUCCCCCCAGCCAGGACCGCAUCUCCCCCCAGCCAGGACCGCAUCUCCCCCCAGCCAGGACCGCAUCUCCCCCCAGCCAGGACCGCAUCUCCCCCCAGCCAGGACAGCAUCUCCCCCCCAGCCAGGACAGCAUCUCCCCCCAGCCAGGACAGCAUCUCUCCCCAGCUGCCAGGACAGCAUCCCUCACAGCCAGGACAGCAUCUCCCCCCAGCCAGGACAUCAUCUCUCCCCAGCCAGGACAGCAUCUCCCCCCAGCCAGGACAGCAUCUCUCCCCAGCCAGGGCAGCAUCUCUCCCCAGCCGGGGCAGCAUCUCUCCCCAGCCAGGGCAGCAUCUCUCCCCAGCCAGGACAUCAUCUCCCCCCCAGCCAGGACAGCAUCUCCCCCCAGCCAGGACAGCAUCUCCCCCCAGCCAGGACAGCAUCUCCCCCCAGCCAGGACAGCAUCUCCCCCCAGCCAGGACAGCAUCUCUCCCCAGCCAGGACAGCAUCUCCCCCCAGCCAGGACAGCAUCUCUCCCCAGCUGCCAGGACAGCAUCCCUCACAGCCAGGACAGCAUCUCCCCCCAGCCAGGACAUCAUCUCUCCCCAGCCAGGACAGCAUCUCCCCCCAGCCAGGACAGCAUCUCUCCCCAGCCAGGGCAGCAUCUCUCCCCAGCCGGGGCAGCAUCUCUCCCCAGCCAGGGCAGCAUCUCUCCCCAGCCAGGACAUCAUCUCCCCCCCAGCCAGGACAGCAUCUCCCCCAGCCAGGACAGCAUCUCCCCCCAGCCAGGACAGCAUCUCCCCCCAGCCAGGACAGCAUCUCCCCCCAGCCAGGACAGCAUCUCUCCCCAGCCAGGACCGCAUCUCCCCCCAGCCAGGACAGCAUCUCCCCCAGCCAGGACAGCAUCUCCCCCCAGCCAGGACAGCAUCUCUCCCCAGCCAGGACCGCAUCUCCCCCCAGCCAGGACAGCAUCUCCCCCCAGCCAGGACCGCAUCUCCCCCCAGCCAGGACCGCAUCUCCCCCCAGCCAGGACAGCAUCUCCCCCCAGCCAGGACAGCAUCUCUCCCCAGCAGCCAGGACAGCAUCUCCCACAGCCAGGACAGCAUCUCCCCCCAGCCAGGACAUCAUCUCUCCCCAGCCAGGACAGCAUCUCCCCCCAGCCAGGACAGCAUCUCUCCCCAGCCAGGACAGCAUCUCUCCCCAGCCAGGGCAGCAUCUCCCCCCAGCCAGGACAUCAUCUCUCCCCAGCCAGGGCAGCAUCUCUCCCCAGCCAGGACAUCAUCUCCCCCCCAGCCAGGACAGCAUCUCCCCCCAGACAGGACAGCAUCUCCCCCCAGCCAGGACAUCACAUUUCCCCUGUCAGGUCCCCAGCCAGGACAGCAUCUCUCCCUGA